AUGAUCCAGCUGUACCCGAACAAGGCGUCGGCGUUCAUGUUCAAAGGCCUCGAGGGCUUCAAGGAGAUCACCAUGAACACGGCCAAGUCCGGGCUGAGCGUCGGGGAGAAGACGGCCUUCUGGCUGUACGGCAAGAUCAGCUCGUGGUCGCGCAAGUGGUUCACGCACAUGUUCCUGUUCCUGGUGGUGCUGUCGUACAGCCUGCUGGGCGCGUUCAUCUUCCGCCUGGUGGAGGGCAGCCACGAGGACCGCGUGCUGGCCGCCGUCAAGGACAUCCACGACGAGCGCCUGCGCCUGCUGCGCGAGCUGCGCGCGCUGGGGCGGGAGGCGCGGAUGGCCGGCGACGAGGAGGCGUGGCUGCGCGAGGCUUCGCAGCGCCUCGUCGACUACGAGCAGGGCGUCGUGCUCGACUGGCACGACCACGCGCUCGACACCAACGUCUCCAAAGAGGACAACAAGCAGUGGACCUUCUGGAACGCCGUCUUCUUCUGCGGGACCAUCUACACCACCAUCGGUGAGUCAUCUUCCACACGUGACGACAGGGCGAGCCGCGCCAACCAAAUGUGGUUGACAACCACUGUCUAG